AAUAUAUAUAUAUAUUGUGACAGUGUGGCGAUCUGUCACCCAGGAUUCUCAACAAGGCAGGUUGAGGGGCUCCAGGGUAAGUGUUUGAUACGGAGGAAAGUAGCUUUUCACUCUCCUUUGUUUGUAAGGUCUGUUUUGGGAUCUGGAGCUUGGAGAUUUCAAAGAGAUCUGGGAGGGAUGAAAUCUCCAAUCCUGGGACCAGGUUUUGGGAAUGGCCAGGACACUGAUUGCACAGGUGUGUGCAGGCCUUUAGAGAGAGUCAGGACCAGGGUUCUGGGCUCCACCCCGGCAGAUAGGAGUCAGGAGGGCUCCACCCCAGCAGCUAGGAGUCAGCAGGGCUCCACCCCGGCAGCUUGGAGUCAGGUG